AUGCAACUACAAAUCUCAGAUGUUGUCAGGGCGGAGACUCUAAUGCCAUUGGCAGAUAAGAGUUUACAGUUUCAAGACAAACAUAAGGUUAAACACCCAUUUGGCAAGCCAUACAUUGAUCAACAAUGUGAACUGAGACGGGGUACAAAUAUUGAGCAUGAGAUCCAAUUUAAAUCUUCAGAGAAUAAGACAUGUAAAGAUGAUGAGCUUGUCAAGCAUAUGUCAAAUUUACCGGGAUUUCUGCAGCAAGUUGAGAAGCAAAAAAGUAUUCAAGAGAAGGCUUUGAACUUUGGAGUUCUUGAUUGGAAGCGUCUGGAGAAAUGGAAGUACAAUGACCGUAUGCCUACAAAAGGACAAACAAAAAAGUCACCAUCGUUCAGUAGUUCGGCGUUAAUGGCAAGUGGAACUCAUUCAAAUCAGGGAAAACUACCAUUAUCUCAUGGUUUGAAUCCCAGUUCACUAUAUAAAGGAGAACAUUUUUUGUCACAUAGUUCGCAUUUUAAUCCAUCUCCUCACAUUUCACAUGAUAACUUGUCCCAAAAAGGAGAAAAGAAUAAAGGUACAAGACUGUACAGAGGAAAGGGCACGUGUAUUGAAGAAGUUCAAGCUGCCCAAAGUAGCAGGACCAUUGAUGGGCUGCAAGACAAUUUCUCUGAGAAAAUUGAGUCCAUUGGUGGGAGGAGAUGUAUGGGCAAUGGCAAGAAGAAAGAUUCAGAUGAAGAGACACUAUUCGAAAAGGGAACUUUGCCCUUAGACCAGGGUAAACAUAAGUUCUCACAGUCUUUGUGUGAUACAAUCACUUCUGAUGGGGGAAAGGGUAAGACAAGAGUAGAAAAUGAGGUCAACCUUGCUGACCAAUAUCACCCUUUAGACACACUAAACAACGUACACCUAGGACCAAAACAUUUCCCAAAGGGGAGUUACUUGGAGAGUUCUCAGUUUAUUAAAUCCAGGGCAUCAUUUGAUGGACAGUUUGCGGAAGCAAAUUGGAACAGAUUUUCUGAUAGCUUUUCUCCUCAAGGACCCUACUCUGGAGAAUUCUCAGCUGAUAUUCCACAUUCAUGUCCCCUGCCUACUGGUGUCAAAGAUCAAGACAAAUCUAGUAUGGAACCACAUAACCUGGUCACUUCUCAGCCUAUGAACUUGGAUACCUGUACAAUUGUGUGUCCUGGUAAGAUAGCUGUCACAGCCAUACCAUCUGAAGCAAAACUUUCAACAGUGAAAGAAAAAACAAUUAGACCUUCAUUUUCAGACCCAGUCAAGAAUUCCAGGAGAACUGACUGGGACAUAGCUGAAUGGCCAGCUGUGAAAGGAAGACAUCCCUCUCCUAAUCGCCGGUUCAGCUUCAGCCUUGGGAGGAGGAUGAGUAGGAGCUUUAGUUUCAGGGAGAACUCUGAGGUUCCUCAAUUGAGUUCUACAUAUACUGCUGCCGAGUCAUGCUCGGGGAGGCAUGAGGUUUUAUCUGGCAGUUCGGAUAAACGUGAUAGAGACAAGUCAAAUGCUAGUGGCAGAGGGAGGUCCAGCCCUUUACGGAGAUUACUAGACCCAUGGCUAAAGAACAAAGGAGCUCACUCUUCUGAGACCGUCCGUCCACCAGAUGUAAGCUCACACUCUAUGAUGCGCGCGACUGUCUGUGGACCUGUUCGAGAUGGGAAAGCUGAGGCAUCAACUUUGCAGGCCUUUUUGCAGCUUACGUUGAAGAACGGACUCCCGUUUUUCAAACUUGUGGUUAAUAACAGCAGCGAUAUGCUAGCUGCAGUUAUAGAGAGUUUGCCAUCAUCUCGAAAGAGUGAUUACAGCAUAACUUGUGCAUUCUACUCAGUCCAGGAGAUUAUAAAAAAGAGAGUGAACUGGAUAAAUCAGCGGUCGAAAAGUAAAAGUUGCGGUCUUGGCUAUAAUAUGAUAGGUCAGAUGAAGAUUUCAAGCUCUUGUCUUCAGGAAAUAAAUAUGAAGGACUCUAUUAGAUAUGUCGUAAGAGAAUGUGUGUUGUAUAGUGUUGAUCCGGGGCAGGUGGAUUAUCAAACACAGGAAUAUUUGCUGAAUAGGGAGAUUGCAGCCAUUGUUGUUAAGAACUCAAUUGAGAAGCUUAAUGAUGUAAAUUUAAGUAACAAUAGCAGACAGUGUAUGAAGAAUGAAUUUACACACUGUGCGUCAGGGGUUAAUUAUAACCCCGAAGAAGAUGGAAACUCUAAUAGCACAGUAGUCAUUCUUCCUAGUGGUUGUCAUGGCAUACCAAUCAAAGGUGAACCUUCAUCGUUAAUAAACCGAUGGGAAUCUGGUGGAUCGUGCGAUUGUGGAGGGUGGGAUGUCGGUUGCAAGCUUCGAAUUCUUGCUAACCGUAAGAAAAACAGCAAAAUUCUUGAAGCAUCCAUGUCCAGCUCUGCAAUUGAUCAUGUGAAACUUUAUCUCCAGAGUGGAGUACGAGAGAGCAAGUCUGUAUUCAGCUUGAAACCGUUGGAAAAUGGACUUUACUCUGUCAAAUAUGAUGCGUCAAUUUCUUUGUUGGAGACAUUUUCUACAUGCGUAGCAGUCAUAACGUGUCAGAAAUUUUCUGGUAUCUUAGACAUGAAUAUUCAACCGCAAGUAGAGCAUUCACCGGAGGCAAUGGUCCCAACCCAAGUCCAAGAGCAAACUCCAGCGAAGUAUGUGACAUGCCCACCCCCGUCGCCGGUUGGAAGAAUCUAG